UUGGUUUGAAAUAAAAUAUAAUAACCAUGGAAAAAGAAGGAUCAACCAAACUCACAUCUGAAACUUUUGUGGCCAAUAUCUCCGCAUCAUGUGCUAAGGUUAUGGGCAAGGACAUGAAAGUCAAGCUCCAGACUACCAAUGCACAGGAAUUAUACAACCACUUUCAGGUGUUUAAGUCACAGAUAUUAAUUAUGGAUUUCAGACCCAAAGAACAGUUUGAACAAAGUCACUUGGUCGGAAGUAUCAACAUUCCUUCUGAUAAAGUCAAAGAAGCUGACUUUACAAACUUUGACGAAGACUCAUUUUUGGAGAAAUUCUGCACGUCCGAAACCGAGAAAGAGAGAAUAAGGCGCAGGAAGAGACUAUUGGUAGUAUUAAUCGCUUUUGAUAGGAACUGCGACCAAUUACUUUCUCUUAACUCAAGUGUAUUCACUUCCAAAUUCAAGAGAAGGCUCAGUUCAGAUUCCUCAGAAGGUCUUCAACCUUUGAAAAACGCUAUAAUGAUGCAAUCAGUUCUGGUGAAAGAGAGGCACAGGGAUUGCUAUCUCUGCAAAUCAGGUAUGAAUGUCUUCCAGGACAAAUACCCUUUCUUAUGCAAUACUGAUGAGACUCAAACUAAGACAAUAGCUGAUUGCGGGAGAUACCCUAGUGAAAUUUUUGAAGCCUUUCUUUAUCUGAGUAACUGCCUGGUUGCCAAAGAUGCUGAUCUUCUGAAGACUUUGGGAAUCACCCACAUUCUAAAUGUCACCGACAAUGUUCCAAAUUAUUUCGAAGAGAGCAACCCUGACUUAGAGUACUUUAAUAUAGACAUAAAUGAUGUCGAGGAAGCACCAAUUGAAGAAUUUUUUGAAUUUGCUUAUAACAUUAUCAACCAAGUUCUGCUCACCAAUAAUGAAAAGAUCGAAGAAAUCGAUGAAUUUCCAGAUAUCAGUGACCACUACUCAGACGAGUUCGAUACUCAUACUCUGAGAUUGGACACUUCGAGCAAGAUGAUAGAUCUGUGGGAGAAUAGUCCAUUAAAGAGUACUAUCUCUUCUGUGGAUCUAUCCAUCGAAACUGCUCGUCAACAAAACUCAGGAAGUAAGAUUCUUGUCCAUUGUGCUAUGGGCAAGAGCAGAUCUGCUACCAUUGUCAUAAUGUACAUUAUGAAAAAGUUCAAGCUGCCAUUUAAGACUGCCUUUAAACUGGUAUCUCUCAGACGAGAGAAGAUUGAUAUCAAUCCUGGAUUCAUAGAAAAGCUUAAGGAAUUUGAAAAUAACGACUUCAAAUUCGCGACUGAGUCUAGCGACCAGUCGAACGCAAGCACUGAAGCGGGAGAUGCACUUUAAACCAAUCUCUCGCUAAAUUACGUACUUAUUUAUCAAAUUUAUUCGAUGAACCAAUUUC